AUGACCGAACACCCCAAACCCAACACAUGGCUCUUUUCGGGCGACGAUGUGCUCAACCGCCUGCCUUCACGUAAGCAGAUGCUGCUUUCUCAGAUCCUCAAGGUCUACGAGCUGAUCUACGACUUUCUCGUCAGACUAGCUUCAGUACUCAAACUCGAUGGAAGAACCAUCCUAGCAGCCACAAUCUACAUCCACCGCUUCUACAUGCGGAUGCCCAUCACCACGUCAAAGUACUUUGUGGCGUGCGCCGCUGUGGCCAUUUCUUGCAAACUUCACGACACUUACAGACCUCCAGACAAGAUAGCUCUUACAGGGUGCCAGAUUAAGCAUCCAGGCAAGCAGGUGGACCAGCAUUCCAGCACGUUCUGGAGCUGGAGAGAUCAGCUUUUGCAUAGGGAGGAGGUGAUUCUUAAGAACCUCAAUUUCGAGGUGUCGGUGGACCUUCCGUAUGAGAUUACUGAAGAGCUUCUAAAGCAGCAACCCAAGGACCCAAAGGGCAAUGGCUUUUACGAAAAACUACCCGACAUUCUCAAAAUUACUACGUCUAAAAUCGAGCUUCUCAGUGCCUUGCCGGUGUUGGUGGUUUUUGACAUAUAUACGUUGUAUGGCGCAAUGUUGAUUCUCACUGUGAAGGAGGCCAAGCAGAAGUUCGACGACAUUGACGCCAUCAAUUUGCCUGAAGGGUACCUAGACUCCAUUGGCGUCACCGCAGACGAAUGCUUCGAAUGCUACCAGUUUGUGCUCAAGCUCCGAAGCCUCUGUGAGGACCCUCAGCUUCCGAGCCACAGGAUUGUGGCCGGGACGCCUUCUAUAGCAUAG